CAAGUUUCUAUUCCCAUCUUUCUUAUUUUCAGAUAACGGGUUUCAAAACCUUAUAUAUUUACAUACAUACACGUAUACAUCAGUACAUCACACCUUUAGUUUGUUUACCCGUCUUUUUAUUCUAGUGUUUUAUGCAAUCAAGAUGGGAAGACAACCAUGUUGUGAAAAAAAUGGAUUAAGAAGAGGACCAUGGACCAUUGAUGAAGAUCAUAAGCUCAUGAACUUUAUCCUCAACAAUGGCAUUCAGUGUUGGCGAGUUGUUCCCAAGCUUGCAGGGUUGAUGAGAUGUGGAAAGAGUUGUAGGUUGAGAUGGAUUAAUUACUUGCGGCCGGACCUCAAAAGAGGCGCGUUUACAGAAGCAGAAGAAGAUAUGAUUAUUCAACUUCAUUCGCGUCUUGGCAAUAGGUGGUCGAAAAUAGCAGCUCAAUUCCCAGGCCGUACAGAUAACGAGAUCAAGAACCAUUGGAAUACCCGAAUCAAGAAGAAGAUGAAGUUCUUGGGAUUAGACCAUCGUACACAUACCCCAAUAGAGCAACAUCAUGAUACAGACACGACAAUCAAAAGGGAGAAUGGCGAAUCCACUUCUUCUCAUAACAUUUUCAGUAACUACAACAUCAAAGACAAAAAAACAGACAUCAUAACCGAUAAAACUUCAACAACGAUCGAAGACAUUGGAUUUAUGAUGAUGUCACAUAAUCAUCAACUUGAAUCUUUGAACAAUUCAUUUGAAUUAGAAUUGCCACAAAACUGGAUUGAUAGCCCAGGAUUUCAUUGGGAUGUCUUCAAUGAUCCAAGGCUAGGGUUUCAUUAA